AAGCAGCAGCAGCAAUAAAAACGAGAUAUACCAUCCAUAAGUAGGAGAUAAUUAAACACACUGUCAUUCUAUCAAGCAGAGAUGAUGUCAAUGGUGAGUCCCUACACCCUCUUGAGCCGGCCGGCGGCGCCUUCGGGAAGAAUCUCCGGCAUGCCCCUGCAACCCCGCAAACAGGCGACGGCGACGGCUGUGGCCUUCCCUUGGGCUCGGAGCAGCAAGAUAUCGUCGCCUCUCUCCGUGUGCCAUGCAAACACCUACAACGUCCCGCCUUUUGCUCUGGUGCACCCCAAGUUCCCCACGGAGCCAAAGAAUAACUGGAAGAUCACAGAAGAAGCAGACCACAUCAACCUGUGGUUCAAAGUGGAGGAGGCGACGAGCAAGGAUGAACUUGAGGUUGCGACCAAUGGCAAUGUGCUCCUGAUCAGGUACAAGGGGAAACCCGGCAACCCGACCUCCCCGUCCCCGGCGAGCUCGCUGGACGUCCGCCUGCUGCUUCCCUCCGGCUACGAGAAUCCCACGACGAUGGAGGCCGAGCUCACGUUUGGAGCGCUGCUGGUGACCGUCGCCAAGCCCAAGCAAGCACCCAGUCCGAUACCCAUCAGAACGUCGGACUAGCUGAUCCACCUGCUGUGUGUGCAAGGCCAGUCAGUAAAGAUGCAUGCGUCGGUAAUUUAAGAAAUAUUGUCCUCCCAAAUGAUCAUGUAUGUGCUCAUCUUCUGUCGUAUGUGCAACAAUGUACAAGUACUAUAGCUUGUAUGACCUUGCCAAUCAAUAAAAUCAUCUUGCAGUUUGAUGUUCCUA